GGUUCUCUCGUCGCGUUUCUCAAAUCACCCAUAUCCGCAUAUCAUCAAUACGACAGACCGGCGAUCUUCGAAUAGGUUAUUCGUAAUUCCGCGUGCAAAGUUCUUUUGUAAUUGGGAUAGUUUUUGUUUGAUUAUAUAGCAGCUACGAUCUACCAUGGAGGAGUUGAUGAAACACUUGCAUAAAAUAAGAGUACCGCAGAAACACGACAAAAUAUAUAAUGACGAGUGUGUUUAUUCUUUCGAUACCCCAGAUAGCCCCACCGGCCUUUACGUUAAUCUCACCACCUUUUUGGGAUUAGGUCAGGAUCAUCUAGAGCGUUAUUAUCAAUUAACUGAAAAUCCUGUGUUUUUACACAUCAAACGAAGAAGAAAAGAAAUUCAAUCUGAACAUCAAGGAGAUGGUCCUGAGAAAAAAAUUACAAGAUUGGCUAUUGGGAAAGCUGAUGGUUUUACUCCGGAUCAACAAAAAUACACUUAUCAUGAAUCUUAUGAAAUUGUUAUUCUACCAAAUUUUACAACAAUACCUUAUCCGUCAGAUAAUUUACCACAAGAGGUUGAGCACGCUAUCAAAAUUAUAUUAGAGGCUGAAUCUGCAACGAAGAUAGCAGAAAUAGAAAGACUUUCCGAAGCUUGGGAUGGAGAAAUAAAAGCAGUAUCAAAGCAUGCCUCAAAUCUUAAACAGCUGGACAAUGGGAAGAAAGUACCCCCAAGUGGAUGGAAAUGUGAAAAAUGUGAUCUCACUCAAAAUCUGUGGCUUAACUUAUCCGAUGGCAGCAUUCUCUGUGGACGUAAAUUUUAUGAUGGAACUGGAGGAAAUGAUCAUGCAGUUGAACAUUAUAGUACUACUGGUUAUCCUUUGGCUGUGAAACUAGGAACCAUAACUAAGGAAGGAAAAGCUGAUGUGUUUUCUUAUGAUGAAGAUGAUAUGGUCGACGAUCCACAUUUAAUACAGCAUUUGUCUCACUGGGGUAUUAAUAUUACUCAAAUGGAGAAAACCGACAAAUCUAUGAUAGAGUUGGAAUUGGAUCUUAAUCAGAGGUUUGGUGAAUGGGUUGCACUUCAAGAAGCAGCUAGUAAAUUAACACCUUUGUAUGGACCUGGAUAUACAGGACUUGCUAACUUGGGAAAUUCGUGUUACUUAAAUAGUGUUAUGCAAAUGUUAUUUGUUAUUCCAGACUUUGUUAAAAGAUUUGUAGACGGUGCGUCGCAGAUAUUUCAACAAAGUUAUACGGAUCCAGCAAAUGACUUUAAUGUUCAGAUGGCUAAGCUCGGAAUUGGUUUACUUUCUGGAAGAUAUUCAAUGCCACCAAAUAAUGAGAAUGAAUCACGUCAGGGUAUUCCUCCACGGAUGUUCAAAACGUUAGUUGGUCGUGGACAUCCUGGAUUUUCUUCAAAUCGGCAACAAGAUGCACAGGAGUUCAUUCUUCAUUUGAUAAAUGUUAUAGAUCGCCACAGUCGCCAUCAAACGAAUCCUAGCGACUGUUUCAAAUUCAAAGUCGAGGAGAGGUAUCAGUGCAGUCAUUCUAAGAAAGUGAAGUACACUUAUCGUCCAGAAUAUCUUCUGCCGCUCCCAAUAUCUCUGGAAUCAGCGAUAAAUAAGAAACAAGUCGCAGCUUACGAAGCUCUAAAGAAGGAGACAGAAGCGAAAGGACAAAAGCUAGACUCAAAUACAGUAGUCAGACCUCGUAUAGAAUUUUUGUCUUGUCUGCGAGCGUUUGUCCAAUCCGAAACAGUUGAACAAUUUUACAGUUCAGCCCUAAAUGAAAAAACAACUGCGCAGAAAACAACUAGACUCGCUAGUUUUCCGGAUUAUUUAUUAAUUCAUUUAAAAAAGUUCACGGUGAAAGAAGAUUGGACUCCCGUCAAGUUGGAUGUGGUCGUUGAAAUGCCAGAAUUGUUGGAUUUGAGUAUUCUUCGGGGCCAUGGUUUACAGUCCACAGAGGAAUUGUUGCCGGAGACUACUGGCUCAGAAACUCCACCACCUGUUUACGAUUCCGUUGUAUUAAAUCAGUUAACAGACAUGGGAUUUCCACCAGAGGCUUGUAAAAGAGCACUGUACUUCACGGAGAAUCGUGGCAUAGAAGCAGCCACUAAUUGGCUAAUGGAGCACAUUGCAGACUCCGAUUUUGCGGAUCCUUUUCUACCCCCUGGAAUCGAUGCAAAACCAAGAAAAGAUAAAUUCAUGGCUAACGAAGACGCUGUAGCUAUGGUAAUAUGGAUGGGCUUUACGAGAGAACAAGCAAUAAAAGCGCUCAAAGCGACUGAUAAUAAUUUAGAACGAGCAGCAGAUUGGAUUUUCAGUCAUCAGGCUGAAUUAGAUGCUUUGGACGUUGAUGAUGAGCAGGCACAUUCCGAAGAGAUAUUUAGAGACGGAAGUGACCAAUAUAAAUUAGUGGGCUUUAUGUCACAUAUGGGAACAUCAACAAUGGUGGGACAUUACGUAUGUCAUCUUUUGAAGGAUGAUCGAUGGGUGAUAUUCAAUGACGAUAAGGUUGCGUUGUCUGAAAAUCCACCGCUAAACUUAGGAUACAUAUAUCUAUAUAAACGCAUGGAUUAGAUUAUACAGUUGUUUUAUAUACAAAAUGUAUUCUAUUACACUUUAACAAUAAAAAAAAGCUGA